AUGCACGAUACGGCGAUGCAGGACGAGGCGUCAGAGCGCUCAGGGGGCCCGGACUGGGACGAUGAAGCGAGUUUUUUUCGGCGUAUGGCAGGGCCGUCGAGCCACAAGGCCUGUGUUGAGGCGGGGGCGCGGAUCGAGCAAAUCAUUCACGACGUAUCUGUGGGCUCCUCGUUCUACGAAAACCAGAAACGCAAGCAUGAAGCUGUAUCGCGACGCAUCGCACACCUGCUACGCAAACGCGACGAGCGUUGGACAGCCGCGUCGGCGGCCCAGAAAGAGGCCAUUGUGCGCCAUGUGGAUCGCAUGGCCGCCGAUCUGGAAUGCGAUCGGACGCUCUCACGCACCUUUCUGCACUGCGAUAUGGAUAUGUUUUACGCUGCGGUGGAAUUGCAGCGGCAGCCUUCGUUGCGGGGCCAGUGCUUUGCCGUCGGUCAUGGGGUCCUGCUCACCGCGAGCUACGAGGCACGGCGGCACGGUGUGCGGUCGGGCAUGGCCGAGUUCGUGGCGCGUGCGUUGUGUCCUACGUUGAUUGUCGUCCCAUCGCAUUUCGAUGCGUACCGCCAAGCGAGCGAGGCGGUGAUGCGUGUCUUGCGUACCUACGAUGCCCGUUUGUACUCGCGCAGCUGGGACGAGGCGUACUUGGACAUCACGCCGUACCUACGUACGCACCACAGCACGCCUCGCGCAGUCGCCGAGCAGCUUCGUGCCGAUGUCGAGCAGGCCACCGGGCUUACGGUAAGUGUCGGCAUCGCGCCGAACCUGCUUCUCGCCAAGAUCGCGAGUGAUCGGGCGAAGCCCAAUGGCGUGUGCGAGGUGGCGCCUGACCGCGAUGCCGUCCUUGCGUUUGUGCGGCCGCUGGCCGUACGCCAAGUGCCUGGCAUUGGCGUCGUGACGGAACGCGUCCUGGCCGCGAUGCAGGUCACGACGUGUGCGGAUUUGUGGACGCGACGUGCUGAGCUGAGUGUGUGCCUGGACGCCUUCCGAACGCUCUUGGCCGCGACGCUGGGCUUGGGCCCGACGCGCGUGACGCAGCCGACGCGCGACGAACGCAAAUCGGUCGGCCGCGAAUCGACGUUUGCGCCGACGUCCGACCCCGCCCAGCUCCAUGCCCGUCUGCGCCAGGCGUGUGAGCAGGUCGCGCGUGAUCUACGUCGGCUCGAGUUCCGUGGACGUACGGUGACGCUCGUCGGCAAGCACGAUACGUUUGAGCGGUUUACACGCGCGAAAGCGGUGCCGCGGGGCGCCGCCACGUUUGACGAGUUGUACGAUACCGUGUAUACCCUAUUGGAACAGGAACGCCAGUCGUUUCCCGGCUCCCUUACGUUGCGCCUGCUAGGCGUUCGUGUGUCGUCGCUCAUGGACACACGCGCUGCGCGCACGGGCGUCUUGGCGACGUGGCUACGUACGCCGACGUCGCGGACGAACGACGACGACUGGCAUGCCCUUUCCUCGUUUGAGUGCCCGAUCUGCGGCGAGGCCCAGCGUGUGUCUCACGCUGCGAAGCUCGCACAGAUCAAUGCGCAUAUCGAUGCCUGCCUGCAGUCGUCGGUGGCGCCGCCGUCUCGUCGCGAACGCCGCCGUGCUGCGCAGCCGACCAUCGACACGUUUUUCCGCUAG